UUAUACUCACAACACAAUUAUUUGUGUAUUCUGUAUUCUCUAUUCUCCGUCUAUGUAAUUGAAAUUUGAAAAAAUACAUUUAUGUGCCAAGGAUUAGUAUAUGUUUUCCAUAAGUAAUGACAUGAUAACAACUGUAAAUGUUCGAAAUAUCAGUGACUUGCACCAGGGUUGUCAGUGAUGUUUUUGGUGUUUCUUGCUGUUGGUCACCAGAUCUGACCUCUAUAGAUUACAUUUUAUGGGACUAUGUGAAACAAGAAAAGGAUACACCAUCUACUCUGGAAUUUAUAAAGGAGAGGAUAAAGAAAGCACUUGAGAACACAAGCGAACAUAUGCUGGAGGAUUUGUGUUACUUAUCCCCAAACUUCAGCUAUGCAUCCAACAUGUUGAAGAUGUUUCUGAGCAGUCUCUAUAGCCUAGUUCUGGGGUAGUAAUAGUAUUUGUUGAUUGC